CACAUGUCGUUGAUUGUUACCGCUCGGCAAUCCAAACGGCAAGGGAGACGAUGACGAUAUAUAUCACCUAUUAUCGUUCGUCGAGAUUUUUUUAUUUCUCCCCCCUCGGCCCCCACAGGACGCUAAAUCAAAAUUAGAAGUAAAUUGUGACAGCUAUUGCAUUAGAUCGAAAAGUCCAGAAGAAGGUUAUCAUAGUAUGAAAGAUAACAAACAAAAUCAGACAGAAUUUUGUUUGAAAAACACUAAUACAUCUUUUCAGGUGGAGGAACUAUUUGAUAAUUUACCAAAUCGCUUGGAAAUGCCAUUUUUAAGGAUCAAAGAAAGAGAACGCAAAAAAGAAAAUGUUUAUAAAAGUUUAGGAUGGUCUUUAAUGGCUGGAAUUAAUGAUCAUUUUAUGCCAUGUUUCUGUUUACAAGGAAUACAUGGAGAUUUUAGAAAUAAAUUAAAUUAUAGAAAUCUCAGGGAUGAAAUUGUUGAAGAUUUAGUGGCAUCUGCCAAAUUCUCAUUUAUUGAAGAUGAAGUAUCUGAAGCACUGUGUAUCUUGGCUGAUACUGAUCAUUGGAAAAUUGAAUUACUUUCAAGUAGUUCUGUUUUGAGCAAUACUAACAACAAUCCUGUUAUGAUGUCACCUCUCAUUUCUGAAAUCUGUGAAUCUCUCACGCAAAUGUAUUUACUAGACAUUACUCCGGAAAAUUGUAUGAUGUAUCUGGAGAGCAGACUGCAAGAAUUGUAUUUCAGAAGUUUGUCUCUAGCUGAAUUUGUUAAUAAUUCUUCAUCAAUAGAAUUAGAUAAUAUUGCAAAAUCAUUAAAAUUAGAUCCAUCUGACAUUCCUUUAUUAUUAGCAAUUGUAUCUAGACCCAACCUAGCUUUAGCAUAUUAAUAUCAAGAAAAUCACUAACUAAUAUAUUUUUCCAAUUAAUGACUUAACUAAUUACAAGAAAUUAACACAUUGUGUUAUUUGUUAUAUUUAAGAAUUGAGUUUCCAAGAAUUUAUAUUUGUAUAUAGACUGCAAAAUUAUUAUAUUAGAAUUGAUGGCACAAAACACUUUUAUGUAAAUAUAUUCAAUCCAAAUCAUUUAAAUUGGUUAAAACACUAAAUGGGAUACAGAAUUAACUGUAUUCCUAAAUAAAAAAGAAGAAUAUUUUAUAAUUAAUAUAUUAUGUAUUUUAUACAGAAACAAUUUUACAGGACUUUAUUUUGAAUUGUCUUUCAAUAUAGCAAACAUGAGCAUUGGUAACUAUGUAUUUGCCAUUUGUUAGUUUGGUAUCAAUUAGCAGUGGGACCACAUCCAUCAUUUAUUUGAAACAAUCUGUAUUGUACAUACAAUGUUAGUUGAAAAUUUAUUUCUUAUAAGAUGUUAUAAAGUGAUAACUUUUUACUAACUGUUUUCUGAGAUUAUCUACUAGUCAUUUACAAUAUUUUGGUGCAAUAUGAUUGUUAUAAAUGUAAUUAAAUUUAUAAAUUAUUAUGUAUAUAAAUAUUCUUACAUUGUAAAUAUUAUAUGUCUGCUGCAUUUAUAACUAAUUCAAAUUUACUUUUAUCGUAUUUUUUUGUUUUCUCCAAAAUUAGUUGUGCCAUAUUUUGAUUGCUAUAAAACCAUAUUGUGAAAAGCUUUGUUAAAAAAAAAAAAAAGUUAAUUCUAGAUGUGUCAAUAUAAUAUAAAAUAGAAAAAUAUAUGCAUUAUAUAUUUUUCAAAAUUGUAUUUUGUAGUAUUUUCCUUGUGCCAUCAGAAACAGGGUCAAGAUUAG